AUGUACGUCUUUCCACAUGCCAGUUCCCCAGCAUACGAGCCUCAGAAGCUUUCAAAACAAAAGAGCCCAAGUCCUAAGAAGCAGCAACACUUUCAGACGGAAAACGGGUCAACUCAUACUCGGAAUUCCUCCACAGGCAUAUCAAUAUACAGCUUUGAGUCCAAAGAGAUACCGAUCUGGUUCAGCGUAUUCUUUGGAAAGCCCAGUUUGCUGUCGCCCCGGCUGGACAAUGCUCGAUUCAAUGCUAAAAUUUCAGAGAGGGUCUUCGAGUCUUCGAGCACACCUGCUAACAGUCCCUCCAAAUCCUCUGUCAGAACGAGCGUCUCAAGUAGCGCCUCCCUGCCACGACCCGGUCUGCUUGAAGAACCACCCGUCCUCCGCGCUAUACACUCCUUGUGCCACUCUUUCGAAGGUGAAAUACUCAGCUGCGUGACAGAAGGUUGUACGAUCUGCGGAAAGGGUCCAACUCAAUCUUUAGUACAUCGCCCGCUAUGCGCUACACGAUAUGGCUAUGUUGAACUAUCGGAUUUUGUGGAGGUGCGCAGGCUAGUCUCGACUGUGGCGUCUCAUACAGCGCAUAUCACCAGGAGGGACGAAAUCGAUUGGAGUGUCGGAGGUGUGAUGAGCGACAGACCAUACAUCUGCUCACUAGCAGUCCCAAUUUGUUCUUCGGAAGGAGAAUGUCAUAGAGCAGCCACAAGAAUGAUGCAGACAUACAUUGAGGGCAUUAGAGACGGCAGCAUCAAGCCAAAGGCUUUGGACAAAUUCGAGACCUCGGACAGAUCGAGUUUACCACAACGCCGGAGCGCGACAUCGCAGCGCAGCUUUCGAGUGAAUACUGAAAGAAACGAAGAUUAUUCUGGAAGCACGGUUUGCCUGAGAAGCCCAUCAAUCGAGACUCUCGGUAGCCCUAGUGCUCAGCCCUUCAGGAUUGGAGCUACGAUGUUUGUUGGAAGGCCAAGCCUGCAGCUCAGCGGCACCCCGCGACGUGGUCAGCUAGGCUGUUCAGUCUUCUCCUCUACUUGGUCGGGCCCUGCUCUUCCUGGAGUUGCCAAGAAUGAGGCAGAUGAUGCCGUUUUCUAUUGCCGUAUUGCGGCUUUCUAUGAGCAUCACAUUCUUAGCUCUGCGAAUUAUCGUUGCGCAGUAUGUUCUGAACUCGCACCAGCAAGGAGCUUGGUGCAUCGGCCGCUACUAUUUGUCCAAACUCAUAGAUCCGGCUUGCAGAAUGAGUCUGAGCGGCGACUGAUCGUGAGGCUCUCUCAAUUUGUACAAGGCCGAUGGUCGUACCCGGAGACGAACGCCAUCAUGGGAGGUACAACCGACGCUCAUGUUUUCGACCUUGUUGUACCAAUCUGCGAAAGCAAUACGCUUUGCGCAGAAGUGGCUCGAACUUCGGCGCGCGAGUUUGUCAAGCUACUAUUACCUUCCGACAUGGCACUUAUUUUUCCCGGUUUAGACCCAGAUACUGAUCUCUCCUUGAUGGAAGAUGAGGCCGUGAGUGAAUAUGUCUACAAGCCCGAAGACGCAGAGGUCCUAGUUCACAGAGUCGGAUGUGAUCUGCUGACAAUGACCGGCGAAGAGCGAGACGAGGAUCCUAUGGACUGUUCCUUAACCAUUACCAAGCUGCGACGGUGGUACGAACUCGCUUUUGAGGAAGAAGAGGCCAAACGCCUGUACCUCCAAGAUAUUGGGUACAAGAGAACCGGCGACCGCAGUGAAUCAGACAGCGACGGCAGCGAAAUCGACGACGAUCUUGUCUGGGUGUACGCUCUGAAUGAUCCCGAUGAGUCUUCGUCGCGGAGAAACAGCGCUCAGUUGUCUAAUCGUGGACUGACAAAACAAGACUCGGCUAUCCGAAAGUUUGAAAAACUUACACUCUUUCAGCCCACACUCAGUCUUGAGUUUUGGAAAGUUUGGGAAGCUAUGAAGUCUUUGGAUCAUACGCAUAACUAG